AUGGGGGUGAUCCUCUACCUACCAAAUGGGGUGAUCCUCUACCUACCAAAUGGGGUGAUCCUCUACCUACCAAAUGGGGUGAUGCUCUACCUACCAAAUGGGGUGAUCCUCUACCUACCAAAUGGGGUGAUGCUCUACCUACCAAAUGGGGUGAUGCUCUACCUACCAAAUGGAGUGAUCCUCUACCUACCAAAUGGGGUGAUGCUCUACCUACCAAAUGGAGUGAUCCUCUACCUACCAAAUGGGGUGAUGCUCUACCUACCAAAUGGGGUGAUGCUCUACCUACCAAAUGGGGUGAUCCUCUACCUACCAAAUGGGGUGAUCCUCUACCUACCAUAA